UGCUCUGUUGUCAUGUGCGAAGGGAAAUUGUGAUCAUCUUUCUAUCACGGGAAUUUCUUCGAGCAUUUAAAGACUUACAAUCUAUCAUUUUGGUCUUAAAUGUUUCUCAACGUGUCCAUGCAGAGUGAAACAUGUAUAUUUAACCACCAUUUUGUCUAAAAAUGCAAAGAGAGCUCGUGUUAGCUUGAUAUCGUUAGCAUUGCAAUUGUGUAUCUAAAGAAUGGCAGCUAGAAAAGAGAAGACCUUUAGGUUUGUGAUCGUAGGAGGUGGCAUCGCGGGGGUGACAUGUGUUGAGCAGCUGUCAUCCCAGAUUCCGUCAGCUGACGUGGCUCUGAUUACAGCAGGUCUCCAUAUCAAGGCAGUGACCAACUAUAAACAGGUGUCCAAGACUCUGGAGGAGUUUGAUGUUGAGGAGCAACCAUCCAGUGUUUUGGCGGAGAAGUUUCCCGACCUUACUAUCAUCCACUCUGCUGUGAAAUCACUUUGCACACAAUCACAUUCUGUGGAAACCGCAGACGGCCGGGUUUUUGGUUAUGAGAAGCUGUGUAUCUGCGGCGGGGGCAGACCCAAGCUCCUAAACUGGGACAGCCCUCAUGUCCUGGGGAUACGGGACACAGACAGCGCCCAGGAUCUCCAGAAGAAGUUAUCCAGAGCAAAGAGAAUUGUUGUUGUUGGCAACGGUGGGAUUGCCCUGGAAUUAGUGUAUGAAGUGGAGGGCUGCGAGGUGAUCUGGGCUGUGAAGGACAAGGCCAUAGGAAACCCCUUCUUUGAUGCCGGGGCAGCACAGUUCCUCAUUCCAUCCCUGCAGGUGGACAAACCAGAACUCGCUGCUCCGUGUAAGAGAACUCGCUACACCACAGAGGAACCAGAACCAGGAGCAUCCCAGACCUUCACAGCAGAUAGGAACGCUCGAAGGCGCGGCUCUGGUCCUCCAGAGGCUGGCAGUGCCCUUGGUCCAGACUGGCACGAGGGGAUAGUUCUACGAGGAGCCGAGCAGGUCUCCCGCAGAGUUUCAGUGGAAUACCAGUGUGAGGUGGAAAAGAUCUUCACCUCCGCGGAGCUGCUCGAUUCCCCUCAGCAAACAAUCGGAGCGGAGAACGAAGGAUCCUGGCCGGUUUACAUCCAGCUGACGAACGGCAAAACAUUUGGCUGUGAUUUUGUCGUCAGUGCCACCGGCGUCGUGCCAAACACGGAGCCGUUUCUCCAUGGCAACAAUUUUGCGCUGGCAGAUGAUGGCGGCCUGCAGGUAGACGACUACAUGAUGACAUCAGAGCCAGAUGUGUAUGCUGCAGGAGACGUGUGCACUGCAUGCUGGGAACACAGUGCACUGUGGCAGCAGAUGCGCUUGUGGACGCAGGCCCGUCAGAUGGGCUGGUACGCCGGCCGCUGCAUGGCGGCACACGUCUUGGCAGAACCAAUAGAAUUGGACUUCUGCUUCGAACUCUUCUCGCACAUUACCAAAUUCUUCAACUACAAGGUGGUCCUGCUGGGCAAGUUCAAUGGCCAGGGGCUGGGGCCCGACCAGGAGCUGCUGCUCCGCUGCACCAAAGGUCGGGAGUAUGUCAAGGUGGUUCUCAGUGGAGGUAGGAUGGUGGGAGCGGUGCUGAUCGGGGAAACCGACCUGGAAGAGACCUUCGAGAACCUGAUCCUCAACCAGAUGGAUCUGACCCCUUACGGAGAGGAGCUGCUCAACCCCAACAUUGAUAUCGAGGACUACUUUGACUGAGGGGUUCGAUUCAGCCACGUGUUGAGCCUGAAGAAUUUCUCAAAUGGAUGAAAUGUGUCCAAUUAUUUAUUUUGUUGGCAUUGAGAAGAAGCUGUCUGAGGAAGUAGCAAUUAUCUUGGUUCUUAACACUUGUCAAUUAAAGAAUAUAUUUUGUCUUUCAAAUAA